GGAGCGCGGGGGCCGCGCAACGCUCCGCGCUCCGCCGCCUCCGUCCCGCAUCCCUCCUCCAGCCCUGCUUCCAGCCCUGCUUCCCUCCUCCGACCCUGCUUCCCUCCUCCAGCCCUGCAUCCCCGCCCCCCGCGCCGGGGGCUUUGCCGUUCCCAGAGGUUUCGCCGUGGCCGAGAGAACGGCAAGAGCUCUGCUAUCAUGUCAGUCAGCGUCCACGAGAACCGUAAAUCCCGGACUAGCACGGGCUCCAUGAACAUCUUGCUUUUUCACAAAGCUUCCCACCCGGACUGUGUCCUGUCCCACCUGAACACCCUGCGGAAGCACUGCAUGUUCACCGAUGUCACUCUUUGGGCAGGAAACAGGUCGUUCCCGUGCCACCGGGCAGUGCUGGCUGCCUCCAGCAGGUACUUUGAGGCCAUGUUUAGCAACGGCCUCCGGGAGAGCCUGGAUGAUGAGGUGAACUUCCAUGACAGCCUCCACCCAGAGGUGCUGGAGCUACUGCUGGACUUUGCCUACUCCUCUCGGAUCAUUAUCAAUGAGGAAAACGCUGAGUCCCUCCUGGAAGCUGGAGACAUGCUGCAGUUCCAUGACGUCCGAGAUGCAGCGGCCGAGUUCCUGGAGAAGAACCUUUACCCUUCCAACUGCCUGGGCAUGAUGCUGCUCUCGGAUGCUCAUCAGUGCCGACGGCUCUAUGAGCUCUCCUGGAGGAUGUGCCUGGUCAACUUUGAGACUGUUCACAAGAGUGAGGACUUCAACAACCUUUCCAAGGACACUUUGCUGGACCUCAUCUCCAGCGAUGAGCUGGAAAUUGAGGAUGAAGAAAAAGUCUUUAAGGCUGUCAUCCAGUGGGUGAAAUACGAUCUGGAUGAGCGGAAGGCUUAUCUCCCAGAGCUUCUGAGGAAUGUUCGUCUGGCUUUGCUUCCUUCUGAAUGCCUCAAGGAAGCCUUGGCUUGUGAGGACUUGAUCAUGGUGGAUGAAAGGAACAAGAUUGUCUUGGAUGAAGCUAUUCAAUGCAAGAAGAAGAUCCUCCAGAAUGAUGGAGUCGUCACCAGUCCCUGUGCCAGGCCUCGCAAAGCUGGGCACACCUUGCUGAUCCUGGGAGGACAGACCUUCAUGUGUGAUAAGAUUUACCAAGUAGACCACAAAGCAAAGGAAAUUAUCCCCAAAGCAGACCUGCCAAGUCCACGGAAGGAGUUUAGUGCCUGUGCCAUUGGUUGCAAAGUAUAUAUCACUGGAGGCAGAGGCUCAGAGAACGGGGUCUCGAAAGAUGUGUGGGUGUAUGACACUGUUCAUGAGGAAUGGUCCAAAGCUGCCCCAAUGUUAAUCGCUCGGUUUGGACAUGGCUCGGCCGAAUUGGAAAACUGCCUGUAUGUGGUUGGUGGACACACUGCAGUGGCUGGAGUCUUUCCUGCAUCUCCUUCUGUUUCCUUGAAGCAAGUGGAGAAGUACGAUCCCAUAUCCAACAAAUGGACAAUGGUGGCUCCUUUGAGAGAUGGAGUGAGCAACGCUGCAGUGGUGAGUGCCAGACUCAAGCUUUUCGUCUUUGGUGGGACCAGCAUUCACCGGGACAUGGUGUCCAAAGUCCAGUGUUACGAUCCAGCUGAGAAUCGAUGGAUGAUCAAAGCCGAAUGCCCACAGCCCUGGCGCUACACGGCAGCCGCUGUCCUGGGCAGCCAGAUUUUCAUCAUGGGAGGGGACACAGAGUUCACGGCAGCGUCCGCGUACCGCUUUGACUGCGAGACGGACCAGUGGACACGCAUCGGGGACAUGACGGCCAAGCGCAUGUCGUGCCACGCUUUGGCCUCAGGGAAUAAACUGUAUGUGGUAGGGGGUUAUUUUGGCACUCAGAGGUGCAAAACGCUGGACUGCUACGACCCUACGUCAGACACAUGGAACUGUAUCACAACGGUGCCUUACUCGCUCAUCCCCACAGCUUUUGUCAGCACCUGGAAGCAUUUGCCGUCAUGAUGAGGGGCAGGGCUCGGGGGGGCUUGUAUCCAGGAGGUCAAUAAGAUGCCAGAGUCACAUCCAUGUCCCCUCUCGUGCAGUUGGAGCUGACAGCACUGUGACUGAGUCCCCUCCUGUCAUCCCGCCCAGGACUCCGAGGCAACUUUCACGUCCCUUCCCAGCACCAGGAGUGGGAGGCACAGCCAGACUCUACACUGGCAUCACAUCACGGGGCGACCAAGGGCCACUCGGCCCCGCCACUGGCCACUGGCCAUCACGCAGGGAUGGCACAGAGCCAGGAGCACUGGCUGCAAGGCAGGGGCUGGGCACGAGGGGCACAGGCUUGUGGGCACCAGUGGGCCACCAGGACCAGAGAGAUGGAGGCUGCAUCCCUGCUGGGCAGCCCUUAUGUACUUUUUGUUACUCAGUUGGGGGGUUAGGAGAUACUAAUUUUUUUUUAAAGGCAGCAAACUUGCUAUUGUCAAUGCUUGCUGCUUGGGUGACUUGGAAGUGUUUGUUAAGGGGAAUGGGGUGAGAGCACCUGGCCCUCCCCAUCCUCUGGCCGCUCAACGGAGGCGAUGGCUGUAGAAACAUUAAAGUGUGGGAGCUUGGGGUGGCUGCCAGCAGCACCAGGUACUGCGGUGAAACAAGGCAGGUGCCUUUUGUUUUGCACUUUGGGCCUUUUAAAUUUUUUUUCCCCCUUUCCUCGCUGCAGCCAGUUGUGAUUUGGUUGGAGGCCGAGUAGCUCCCCACACACAGCUGCUGGGAAGAGCACAGCAGCUCUGUUAGUGUGCCAAGGCACCGGCACCACUGCUCAGAUAUUCACCAGAUAAAGCCCACUGUGUGAUCAGAGCCGGUCUGCUGAGCUUCCCUCCGCGUGGGUGAGGGUGUAAUUAGCACAGGAGCAGAAACAGGGCUGCAGCUCGUGCCUUGGGAGGGGGCAUCUUGCCACCAGCGAGGCCUCAGAGGGAGAGCAAGUGGAUUAGAGGAGCAUGGCAGGGUGAGCAGGGGAGGGAUCCCCCUUAUUCCCACGGCACCCCACAUCCUGGCUUCACCUUGCAGAGAUGUGAGUGUUUCUGACUGCACGCUGCCUGCUCGUGGUUGGGCUGAGGCUGCCCCAGGUUAUCCACACAUGCUGGCUGCUGACUGUGUUUGGGUUUAUGCAUCCAAGAGCUGUCAGCCCGAGUUGCUCCUCACUCAUGCUGUGAAGGAGGGCACAUGGAUUUGGGAUGUCAAGACAGGGAUGCAGCUCCUGCCUGGCCUCUUUAGGGCUGGCCACUGCCAAGGACUGGUCCUGCACCAACCCAGCAUCCCACUUCCCUGCACAGCAGAUCCGCAGAUGCUCCAGGCUUGCCUUUUGCCCCUGGAUUAGGCUGAGCUGUAGCCUGGCCAGCUGAAUGAUGCAAUGCUCUGAAAAGCCUUGACACAGCUUCAAACAACAAAGGUCUUUUCGGAGCAGCGGGUGCCCGUUGCUGCCGGGGAGAACACACGUUUUGCACAGCCAGUCUGCGAUGCGCUGAAUGACGUUUAUUUACGUUUUCUAGUCUUUUUUUUUUUUUUCCCUUCAGCUGCUUGUGAACUUUAAUAAAAAUGAUGAUCUGGGAAACC